UCUUUUACAGUUUAGUAAUUUCAAGUGCAGAUAGGUCUAUUGCUUUUCCCUGAGACGGUGGAUUUCGAGAGAAACAACUGUGGCGACUGGCGAACAGCAUUUAAAAAGCGGCAGUUACGCGAGAGUUUCGAUAAUGGAGUUAGAUUCUUUAAGUGGGCUUUUGCGAGCGUGAGCGUGGUCGCUAGCGCGAAAUGGGUUGUUCGAGCUCUAGAAGCGGUAAGAACGAGGCUCUACGGCUCUGUAAGGAGCGGAAGAAAUUUAUCGAGCAAGCUAUCGAUUCUAGGUACGCUCUUGCAGCUGCUCACCUCGGUUAUGUUCAAUCUUUCAGAAACAUUGGAAUUGCGCUUCGGCGAUACGCAGAGGCCGAGGUAUUGACGGAAUCAUCCCUCUCUACUUCUGCAACUGAACAUGAUAAAACCCCUUCUCACUCCUCUUACCCAUCUCCAUCUCCUUCCCACAUUGCCGAGACUCUGGAUUCACCACUGCACAACGAAAGUCCCAUUUCACCUCCGCUCUCCAACUUGAGUUACAUGAGAUUGGGAGGAACUGCAGCGGUAACUGUUAAUAUUGAUCCAUCCUUGGAUAGUUUCAUGGACGAUGAUUUCAUGAACUUCCCGCCACCCCCACCUCCCCCUCCACCUGGGGCCGGAUUUUCGUGGGACUAUUUUGAUCCUGCUGAUGAAACAGAGAGGUUCAGGUUUUUUGGUAGGAAUGGAUUUGAUAGGAAUAUGUCGGAGUUGAGACAGUUCCGAGGAGAGGAAGUUGUUCCUUUCAUUGAUGGGGUUGGGGAGAAUUUGGAGAAGACUGAUUCAAAAUGGAACGGUGAAAUCUUUCCAGGGCCAGCAAGGCCAGAAUCUGAACGGAGGACUGAAACUUCUGGUGAUUCAGCUGCUCGAUCUCGAAGUAAAGCACUGGUUGACGAAGAAAAACUGCUGCAGUCCGAUCUUAUUUCCAAUGGGUUGGCGGAAAAUUUGGUUGGCAAUGUUGUUAUGGAGCAGUCAAAUUCCAGGAAAGAGAAGACACAGCCAGAGAAAGAGAUAUCUGCUGAUAGGGAGGAUCCAUCUGAGUUCAUCACCCACAGGGCUAAAGAUUUUUUGUCAAGCAUAAAGGAUAUUGAGCAUCGUUUCUUUAGAGCAUCCGAAUCUGGCAAGGAGUUCUCUAGAAUGCUUGAAGCAAAUAAAAUCAGCCUCAACUGUACUCAUACCAAAGGGAGUUCACCUAACUCUGUACUUGUGGCAGCUUUUGAUCUAGUCUGUUGCCAGCGUCAAAACACACUUCUUACUGAUGAAACUCCACAACAUACGAAAAAACUGAUUACUUGGAACCGGUCAACAUCUUUUCAAUCAUCUUCAUCUAGGAAUCAUCUUGCAACGGCUUCAAAGGAUGACAUUGACGAUAGUGGAAGUGAAUUUAUCGAAGAGUUUUGCAUGAUCUCGGGGAGCCAUUCCUCCACCUUAGACCGAUUGUUUGCAUGGGAGCGGAAACUUUAUGAUGAAGUUAAGGCUAGUGAGUCCAUCAAGAAGGUGUUUGAUCAGAAGUGUGAUCAGCUCAGGCACCAAUUUGCCAAGGAUGUAAGCCCCAAAGUGAUUGACAAGACUCGGGCAGUUGUGAAAGAUCUACAUUCACGAAUAACAGUGGCUAUUCAUGCGGUUGAUUCAAUAGCGAAACGAAUUGAAAAAUUAAGGGAUGAAGAGUUGCAACCACAGCUUGUGGAGAUGAUACAGGGAUUGAUUCGGAUGUGGAAGGCGAUGCUUGCAUGCCAUCAUGCACAAUAUAUCACAAUUUCACUUGCCUACCAUUCAAAGAGCUCAACAUCAGGACCUGUUCAGGGUGAUUCUCACAGGCAGGUGUUGGCUCAUCUCCACCAUGAGAUCGAGUGCUUUGGAUCAAGCUUCACAGACUGGAUUGAAGCUCACAUAUCUUACGUAGAAGCUCUCAAUGGCUGGCUCCAAAAUUGCAUUUUACUACCUCAAGAGCGAUCCAAGGGAAGGAGAGUCUUCUGUCCCCGCCGGGCUCUGGCCCCACCUAUUUUUGUUCUGUGUCUUGACUGGUCAGCUGGGAUCAGAGCCCUGCCGUCUGGAGAGCUCAAAGAUGCCAUCAAAGCCUUAGCAACUAAUGUGCGCAAUUCAAUGGAGCAGCAGACAGGAGAUCAACAAAAGAAACAAGGAUCCCUAGAUUCAGACGAUGGUGAAGGAUCAGAAAAUAGUAAGUAUGAGAGGCAUGAAAAUACUUCAAAAGUUGGCAGCAUACACUCAGGUUUGACUAAGGCACUUGACCAGCUGACCAAGUUUGCAGAGGCUUCCUUAAAAAUGUAUGAAGACAUCCGACAGGGAAGUGAGGCUGCUAGGAUUGCAUAUACAAGUUGCAGAACUACUAGAUUGUGAGGAAGGGUGUUUCAAUCAAAUUUUAGGUACAAAAAUCUUUUUGACAAUUAAUUAAAUAAAGUUUCUUGGGUU